AAAUUUGAAUCUGAAAAAACGAAAAGUGUUACGUAAGUUGAAUAAAACUUGGGGGUGGGGGAGUACAAUUUGCAUAAGAAUAACCCGUUUUGAGAAAUACAACCCGAUGUAACAAGUGAACCCAAGUACAAAAAUAUGCAAAUUACAGGGUUCUAAUAAGGGUGUUUUGGUACUCAUAAUUCAAUGGAGAAGAGGAAAUUCAUAGUGAAUCAAGUCCUCAAAGACAAGAAACUGUGGUUCGCUUCAUUCCUAAUUAUCUGGGCUGCUGGUCUUCAGGGGCACAUGAUGUGGUUGCAGAGGCAAGAUUCUUUUAAAAAGAAGUUUGGAGAUCUAAAUGAUGAAGGCAAAAAUCAACAGGAAUUGGCGGAUAAUUAAUGAACCCGCACCAACUCUCCAAGUAGCUUGCAAUUUGUAAAAGAAGAUAUAAGUGGAUACAACUAAAACAUCAGAAGCAGUGACGGAAACUAAUACAAAGGAAGCGUGAAGCUGGAAUAUAACAAGAAUGUCAUUGUUCACACAAAGGCAAAAACUAAUAACUUAAGAGGCUAGAGCAGCAAAAGCAGUGGUAGCGACAACAGUACAGAGUUCUCAUUUCACUUUCAGCUUAGAAAGUUAAUCUUGAAUGAUAUUGUCUCUUCUCCAACAGUGAAAUUUAUGGGUAGUUGCACGGUCAAAACCUCAAACAGGAAAGCUGGAAACCCCACUAUGCCUUUUUGUUUCCCACCCUACAAAGCUAGGAUUUUCUGCUACAUGCUGAUAAAGAAGCCAAACAUGCCACUAUACUUAGGUAAAA